ACCAAACCAAACUAACUGACUUGACUCCACCCUACGCUACAACUUAUUUUAAUUGCAUUGUAUGACUGUAUGUUAACAUAAUACAUUAUACACUAUUAAUUUAUUUAAUUAAACAAAGUUUAAAUUUCAUUUCGUUAAUUGUGGAACAUAACAAGUUGGUUAUACAUUUUUCGAGUUCAUAUAAUUAUUUUUAAAUUAUUGUGUGUUGUUCGUGUAACUUCAAAGAUAAAGCUUAACGAUUUAUUUAAGUGCAUUGUUUAUUGUUUUACAGAAGAGUCGAAUUAAACAUUGUAAGAAAUUGUCUAAGGACUAAACCGAGCAAAAAUGAAGAAACGAAGCUUAGCUGGUAAUUGUGGGAUAGUCGUUUUUGUAAUUGCCCUUGUGACUGUGGCAUUGGCAUUCGGCACGCCUAAUUGGCUCGUUAGUGACAACAGGAUACGAGGAGCUAAAAUGGACAGGUUGGGAUUAUGGAGUCACUGCUUCAGGUCUCUACCGGAUCCUUUAGAUGUUAAUCAGAGACGGUUUUUUGUCGGUUGUCGUUGGGUUUACGAUCCAUUCACAACUGGCUAUGACAAGAUUCGUGGAUACCUAUUACCAGGAUUUAUGGUAGCGACCCAGUUCUUUUUCACGCUGUGUCUUAUCGGAGUCUUGAUAUCGACGAUAUUAGUCAUAUUCUUUUUCCUAUGUAGCGGUCCAAAUCAACGCAGAUAUGUAUUAUUAAUUAAAGGUAUAGGAUAUAUAAUGUUAGGGGCAGCAAUAAGCGGUGCUAUAGCAGUUAUAGUUUUUGCGUCACUUGGAAACACUGAUGGAUGGAUGCCCGAUCAUUCUAAUAAUUAUUUAGGGUGGUCAUUCGGCCUUGGUGUUGUGGGUGUUGUAGCCUGUCUCGUCACUGCAGCCUUAUUUUUGACGGAAGCGAAUAUACAAUUGAAAAAACGCAAUCGUUUUAAAGAGUCUCAAGCACGUUUCGAGUUGGAAAACGAGUCGAAGGCGUAACGACUAUCACAGAUUAUAUUUCUAAUAUGAGACUAUAUAAUACAAAUAUGUAUAAAAAUAAGUCAGAAGACAGUUAAGGUAUCCUGAUUUUUUGUCUUUUAUAUUUCGAAUAUAUUUUUUAAAGUAAAUAAUUAAUACUUCAUAAGCCUUCUAAUUUAAUUCUGUGUCUAAAUGGGUAAAUUAUAACUGUCAGUUUUUUUUUUCAUUCAAAUUGAGUUGAAAAUAACUAUUAAAACAAAGUGUCCUUAAUAAAUAUUUAGGUAUCAUUUUGUCAAUAUUAGAACCAGUCUCGCAAGUGUUCUUAUGCACCUACUUAAGAAUUUCACCCUGUUUUAAUAAAAUAAAGGUAUACUUUAUUGUAUAGAUUUAUCAACACAUUAAUUAGGUUAAUUCUUACUUAGAAGUUGAUAAGUUGUUAUGAAUUGUAAAUUUUUAUUUACUUUAAAAAUAGUAACUAUUAAGCUUUUAUAAAUUAAACAAAAAUGAGGUUUUAUUCUUUAUAAAUGGCUAAUAUGAAAAUAUAUAUACAGAUGAACUAUAUUAUAAAAAAAAAUACAAUUGCUCCAAAUUGAUUUUUAAUCAAUUUUUGCUGCAAUACUCUAAAAACAUUGCCGUAUAAUAACUUAGUUAACACAUUUUUUUAUUCUUUUCUUGAUUAAUAAUUAGUAAACUUUAUCGUUCGUUUAUAUUCAUUCGAUUUAUAAUUUCUUCGCACUGGUUUAAAUGUUCUCCAGUUGCCGUGAUCAUAAAACUCCGUCCAUCUUUUACUGUACAUUAUUCUAUUUUUACAAAAUAACUAAGUAUUUACAUCUUUUAUAUAAAGGUUUAAGGUAAUUUGGUGUCACAGUGAAAUUAUAAACUUUAAACUAAGGAUAUAUUUUAAAUGUUAAUGAUUAAAAAACAUCUGUGUGACCAAGCGAAAGUAUUUGUAUAUGAGACAUAUACGAAUGAGUGACUUUUGAAUGCUUGUUUAUAGCUUUCGCUUAGGCGUAUUAAAUUCUUUUUUAUGUAAUCUUAAUUUUAUUGUAUAUGAACCUCAUAAAAGUAUAUGGUAUUCCAUUGGAUAUUUACUUGUCGUUUUAAUCACUUUAAUUAAUGUAGCUUUAAAUAAUAUAAGCUUUGUAAUGAUUGCAGAUAUUAUUAUAAGGAUUGCCAACAUUUUGUGAAAGUAUUAUUAAGUAUUCUUUUUUAUACACUUCAUUGUCCGUUUUAAUGAUUUUUCUGUACAAUUGUAUAAUCUUAAGUUAUAGAAUAAGGCACAAUAAAAUAAACGUCCAAUUAUCUUGUUAGUUCAAAACGAUUCCGUCCACAAGUUCUACAGAUCUGAAUUGAAUAUGAUCUUUUUUUACAUGUAUCAUUUAUAUGAAUUUUAUAUUAAAUUUUAGAUUUUA